CAGUUUCGAAUUUACGAAGGACGACUUCUUCCCUUUUCAUCUUCAGACACGUGACACAUUGACUGAUUGGAAUCAACAAAAAGUCAGCACCAAAACCAAUGAUCGUGUACGUCCUACUGGCAAUUGUCGCUGUUCUGGCCUACUUCUACUUCAAGAACAGUGAGAAUGGCAAGAAUGCAACGACAUCUCAAAGAAGUUCAAGAAGCACUCGUUCCACAAAAAGCUCGAGAUCAUCUCCGAAGACUGUGCCUGUUACUGAACAGCCUGCAGCUGCUCCACCUCAACAACUCGAACAACCGACCCCUGCACCUGCUCCGGAAUCUGCUCCUGCUCCAGUUCAAUGCCCGGAACCAACUCCUGAAGUCCCUCAGCAACCAACACAAGUGUCCGCUCCAGUUCAAGAAAUCACUCAAGGUGCUCCUGCUCCAAUCCCCGAGCCAACUCCAGUCACUGCAGAACAGCCAACUCCAGUUGAUCCUUUGAGCUCUCCAAUUAAACCAAUUGGUAGAGACUCUGUAUUGUUGGCGCCGAAGGACAAUGUUUAUGGAGGAAUUGGUGGGAAAUCCGAGAGGAUGGCUCCAACUGAGAAUGCUUCUGGAGGUGGGAACUCGGUUAUUUUGGGCCCAAAGGAUAAUACUUCCAAUGGUGUCGGUGGAAAAUCGGAGAGAUUGGCUGUGGAUUCUGGACCUGCUUCAUCUGAUCAAUCAUCUUCUGCUCCUGCUUCUACUGAAUCGAAGAAAUCGAAGAAAAUUAAAAAGAAGAAGAACAAGAAGUCGAAGGAUAAGAAGAAAUCAAACAGUCGCAAAAACAAGAAAAAUAAGAAAAGCAAGGGAAAGAGCACAUCUACUUCUGAGCCUCCAACUCCAAAUCAACCGGAAACUGGAGUUCAAACUGCCAACGAACUUCGUAACGAUGCUCCUGAAUCAAAUGUGAACACUGCCAUGUCAAUCCAAUCUCCAGUUCAAGAUACUCCAGAACCUGAUGUCAAAACCGCUUCUGAAGCCAAAAACGACAUUCCAGAAUCUGGUGUGAAGACUGCUGCAGAGGUAAAGAAUGAUGUUCCUGAAUCAGGAGUCAAGACUGCCGCCGAAGCAAAGAACGAUGCUUUUGAGAGUGAUGUUAAGUCUGCAAUCGAGGCAAAAUCUGAUGCACCAGAAUCUGACGUGAAGACUGCAAUUGAACUUGGUGGAGAACAGAAGAGCGGAUCGACUGCGAGCAGUGUUAACUCGAAGAAAUCGAAGAAGAAUCGCAAGAAGAAGAAGCGCAGCAAGGCGAAGGCAAAGAAGUCAGCUGAGAAAGUAGAGAAAGAUCCAUCUUCUUCACAGUGAACUCUCGAUUUUUAAUUGGAAAAUGAAUGAAGGGAUUUGGUUCUGCA